AUGGGUGAGCGGCCCCCUUUGUCUUGAAGCAGUUGGUUCAUCACUCAAGUUCUUGACAUGAGCGUAUUUGGCGCCUUCUAGAAGGCACCCCAUUCAGGCGUUGUUGUGCUCGAAAUGGACGAGUAUCCUCUCAACAAGGAGGAGAAAGCGUGAUUUGGGUGAGAAUUGGAUGUGUACUAGUGGGAGAGUGGGGGGUAAAGACGAGGAGCGUGCGAAGCGUCAAUGA